GUUUAUCUGCUUUCCCUAUGAGUAGGUCAGUUUUUGUGGAGCUAUAAACUGCCAUGCGUAUGCUUCUCUGCUUACUGGCGUUCUCUACGUCAUCGACGAGAUUCUUCGAAUUUGGAGACGGCUAAGGGCUCUGGUGAGCAGAACAUCUCAGCAGUGCGUCUCCUCCUGCCCCACUCUUCUGAACAACGCGCGAUUUGCCCACCCAAGUGAGAGCAGAUACGGCCAUAGAUGUGUUAACAAUGUUCGCCCGCUCCUGGCGCUGAACAAUCUUCUCGCCUUCCUCUGUUACCCUCAACGCACCACCCUACCAGCAUACCAAGAUGUUCCCUAAAUCUCUGACACCCCAACUACGCGGCCCUUCCCACGGCUUGCUCGCAGUGCUGAGCGUCUGUCUCGUCCUGAAUUUAGGCGCCCUCUUCUUCUCCUUCCGUAUCUUAACGCGCGGAACGCGGGAAUACACCUACCUCACUGGCGACCGACCUCGUGAGCUCCCCCUAAAGGUCCGCACCAUCCAAGCCGCCUUUCACGACGACCCCUUCCACUACGGGAUGGAAGGCAUCCCCGCCUGGGCUGAAUGGAACGCGAUUCGCCCUCCCGGCAAGGGCUUCGUUUUUCUAGGGGAGGAGCACUUCGCAUUUGGGGUGUCGAUGUGGCAUCAGAUGCACUGCCUUAACCACAUACGCGCGGCACUUGUCAACGGGGACGACGGGUCGGACCAUACGGCGCACUGCUUCCAUUACCUACGGCAGGGCAUUCUCUGCGCCGCCGACACAACCCUGGAGUCGGGCGGCACGGGCAUGAGAGUGGCUAAUGGGGACAAAGUCGCUACGGGCGGAGGAACUGUGCAUACCUGCCGGGACUGGAGACAAGUGCAUGAUUGGAUGGAGAGCCAGCAUGACGAGUGGACAUCGGAGAUGUAUGAGAGAUUUCAAGAGGCUAGUUGACAUAGUGGGCAUGAGAUGGGCAGGAUAGGAAAUAUGACUAUAGCGAACGUGACCCUGAUGUGACUGGACCGGCCAUAUUGUAUGAGUGCCAACCCUUUCGUUGCCCGUAGUCGAAAAGCAUCGGGAGGGCAGUACGCCACAGCG